AUGAGCACCGACGACAUCAAGGAGGUCACCAAGUCGCUGGGUGACGUCGUUCUGGACGCCUCAGAGCACCAGAACCAGGACCCCGUUAAGCUUUCCGCGGUCCUCGAGGGCUUUACGCAAGCCGCUCUCAAGUCCCCCGACCCCUUGGUCCGUGAGGCUUACAUUGAGUCCGUUGUCGAAGUCCUCAAGCCUCGCGGAGAUGAGCUCGACUCUGGCAGGGACGCAGCCUUGAUGUGCGUCCCGCCGCUGCUGCCGCACAUCAACCGUUUGCCCGGCCCAACAAAGGAGUUCCUCAACCUGAUCGCUCAGUACUCUGAUCCUCGCGAGGUCACUAUCGUGCUGAACGAGGAAAUUGGUCGCCUCACGGAGCAGUCGGACCCGUUCGUUGUCAGUGAUGGAGAGGGCGACGAGGAGUCAGCUGAACUGGACUGGACAAAGGCAUUCCCCGAGUUGGAGCAGAUCCUCGACAUGUAUACCACCGGUGAGUCCACCACCCCUACGCUCCUUGCCCUCCAGGACACUCUUGUGCCCCUCUUCAAGGCCAUUCCCAACACUGCGCCCCAGGAGAUGGCCAUGGACAUGUCACGCUCUCUGCUGAAACAAGUCUCCAAGCUGGUCGAUGCUGCGUGGAAAUGGUCUCAGACCACGUCUGACUACAACGGAGAGCCGAAGACCGCCAUCAUGAUCUUCGGAGCCAGCGUUGGAGCUGAUCUGACCGCUCGCUGGUACCUGACUAUGAACCCGCGCUAUGCUGGGCUUCACCAGGAUGAAGCUGCUAACGGUCUGGAAGGCCAGAAGGCGCUGGACGCUGCUACUCGCGUCACCAAUGCUUCGAGUGUGAAGCCCUACUCUUCCCUCGCAUCCCUCAUCAUUCUUGCUGCCAACCUUCCGCCAUUACACGGCAAGGUGGAGGACUUUGCUCCGAACAAAGACUUCUUCGAGGACGCGAUGCCGGUGCUCAACAACGCCAUCAAUGGAAGUGCCGUCGACGCCGGAACUGCAGUGACCUGGGCCCUCGUCGAUUCGGCGCAGAAGGGGCUGGUCACGCUCGAGAAUGACCAGUCGUUCUUCCUCCUCGAGACGAACUCGUCUCCGUCAACUCGUCUCGCCCUGAUGAAGCUCUUGGGUGGAGUCAUUGCUGCGACGCCGGGCACCGACAAUCAGAUUGAAUUGUGGAAGCAGCUGCUCGAAUCCUUCAACCCCUUUGAGGCUGUCCGCGUCCAAUCAGUCAGCCUGCUCCGAGAGCAGCUCGCAUCCCCGCCCCAGCCCUCGCCCCUGUUUUGCGCCGAAUUCAGGCAACAACUCGGACCCAUCCUCUUCGAGAUUUCGACUAUUCCUGAGAACCCUCUUGCACUGUCUUUCCAAGACUUCGUGUCAUCCAUGUAUGCUGCAUGGUUCACGGAGUGCUGCAACCUGCUGUACUUCAUCGUCGAACGCGACACGGCCAACACAUCGGGAAUCCGCGACAAGGCUUAUCUGUCCGAGGUGAAGGCUAAGUUCUUGGCGCCGAUCUCUAGCCGUAUGACCGAGUUCAAGGCCGAUAUCACACCCGAGCUUCGCGAGCAGGAACCCGAGGUUGAGCUGGUGAUUGACCGCGUGGCCGCUGCUGCUGAACAUAAGCCUCCAGCACAGCAACCAGACGGUCCGGUCCUUCCUUCGCACCUCAGCACCCACGCACAUCGUCUUCUCGACCUCUCCUUUCGUCUUGAUCGAGUGCUCUUUGCAACGCAUACCCAUCACCUAGCUCAUAUUCCCACAACACACCUCCACCAACCCUUCCCGCAAAUUUCCACGAUGCUGAACGCCUCUGCCCUCGCUACCGCUGGUUCGCCCUCGAACUCGGCUCACCCCGAGAACCUCAUCGUCCUCCCCCCUACCGCUCAGCUCCAGGCGCUGCUGACGCUGAUCCGUGACGAGAAGACCGGCCGUGGCGACUUCGUCUUCUACUCCGACCGCAUCAUCCGUCUGCUUGUUGAGGAGGGCCUCAACCACCUGCCCGUCGUGCCUAAGACUGUGCGCACCCCGACUGGUGUCGACUUCGAUGGCGUCUCGUUCCAGGGACGGAUCUGUGGUGUCUCGAUUAUGCGUGCCGGCGAGGCCAUGGAGGCUGGUCUCCGCGACUGCUGCCGCUCUGUCCGCAUUGGCAAGGUGUGUCUGGACACUGUGCGGUUUGAAUGGAUACUGACCUCUCGGGUACCCCCCGUUACAGAUUCUGAUCCAGCGUCCACUGGUGGCUCGUGCAUCAAGGCUAUCGAGGUCCUUCUCGAGCAGGGCUGCAAGGAGGAGAAGAUUCUGUUCAUCAACCUGAUCGCCUCCCCCAAGGGUGUUGAGGUCGUCUGCAAGAAGUUCCCCAAGAUGCGUGUGAUCACCGCAUGGGUCGACGAGGGUCUCGACGAGCACUCGUACAUCACCCCCGGUCUUGGUGACUUCGGUGACCGCUACUUCCUUUAA